UUCACGGCGUCCGCGAACAAACCUCCUUCGUCUCUCUCGCUCGCUAGGCGAAGAGAGGGGGCGGCGUGCUUUCCCGGCCCGUUUCAGUGACCGUCGCGAGCCCUACGCACGCCGACCGACACCCCAUCAUCCGCCGUCCAAUCCCCUAGAGCGCUAAUGUCCACGCUCUUCCUCGCUCCUCCCUGAGGCGACUCGGUAGAAGUCCGAAUCGCCAAGGACCGACGUUCCUCCGUCGUCCGCGUCCCCCCGCCCGCGGAUCCACGUCGCGGGGCUUGGACCCUUGACGGGCCCCAUACACGCGGGCGGGAUCGUGUGGAUCGCAUGGCAAUCCGACGGUCGGUGGUUGCGGCCUUCUGGUGUUGUAUCAUGGAAUAGAGGGGUCAAGCCGCGUGCGCUCGGCACAUGAAACCCCCAAGCGUAACGGCCGGCAGCCCCGACAGCCACUAUAGGAUGGCGGCGCAAUCGCAAUCACACUCGGAGUCGGAGGGGCCUCCUCGCUUAGGUUUCCUCAUGGGUAGUUCGCGGUGUACGAUGGGCAUGGGGGAAGGAUGGUGGCGCGGGCGUGCCGGGACAGGCUGCAGGUGGCUGUGACGGAGGGCCGCCCGGGUGGGUGAGGGGGCGGAGACGUGGAGGUGGGCGUGAAGGUGGACGCCGAGGCGAUGUUGGAGGCCACGGAGCUGUAGCAGGGGUUGGUGGUGGGAGACAAGUGGAUCAUGGUGGCCACAUGCGGCGACUCCCGGACGGUGCUCUCACGCGGCGGGGUGGCCGUGCCCCCUUUCUAUCCAUCAAGGCUAUCAUGCAACCUUUUUACAAUUGGCAAGCUCAAUUCUUUAUCAAGGAGACUACCUUCUCAAGCAGUUUUGACAAUGUUAGCGUGGUGGUGAUGGGGCUGAAGACUCACAAGGUGGUUGUCUCCUCCCAAUAAUUUUUGCUUAUUGACAUUGAUAGAUGGAUUGCAAGGUGUGCUUGAUACUACACUUUGUUUCAGCUUACUCAUGAUGCUGUCUAGCGCACAAGCAAUAGUUUCUCAAAUCCAGUUUGUGUUGGCGGGGAACUGUGCAUCGCUUUAAGUGUAGAGAAACAGUUUAAGCAUACUAUAUAGAUAGAUUUGGAGAGUUCAAUGCUAUAUGCACUGCUAGAGUUCCAGUGUUCUAACACCUCUAGUUCUAUGCUUGUGCCUGAGUGGCGUUGCAUGACAGGCCCCAUGAAGAGAGCUUUACAGCGGGCGAGGGGUUGGUGGGAGGUGGCUUUGUGCGCGCAAGGUGCUCGACCCGAGUUCCGUGACUGCGACGGCUUGAUGUGGCACCUUUUGCUUGGAGGAGAAGUAAUCGUCAAGCAACCAAUGGCUUUACGUGUUGCUUAGAGGAGAAGUAAUCAUUAAGCAACCGUGGCCUAUAGAACAGGCGAGAUUACUAUGUCUAACUAGUGAUGGUAUCUGUGUCAUUUAUCAAUAACGUUCCAAUAUAACGGUUCAAAUAAUCGUUACGAGAUGAUUCGUUUGGUUGUUAUAAAUUCUGGGAACAGCUUGCCGCGAAGCGGGCCCCACGAGAUGGCCAAUUCUAAUUACUCCUGUCCGUCUCCAUCUUGUCUCUCUCUCUCUCCCUUCUCCUCUCCCGUUUCUUCUCUAGCUCCGAGGCGAAGUGGCGAAAAGGCGAGGAGAAGGACGAUGGACGGCGACCCGGAACUCGUGGGGGGAUUGGUGGGAAGAUGCAUCGAUGCGGCGACCGCAAGCGCGGAGAGCGUCGAGAGGUGGCGGAGGCAGCGGCGAACCCUGGAUCUCCUCCCCUCCUACCUCGCUGACGCCCUCCUCCGACGCAUUAUCCAACGCCGCAUCCUCCUCUACCCCUCCUGGCUCGAAAUUUUUCAGAAUUCUGCAGAGGAGAUUGACUUGAAAGGUGAGAGCUCGGUUGAUGUGGAGUGGUUGGCAUAUUUGGGUGCAUUUCGUCAUUUACGUCGUUUGAAUCUUGCCAACUGCAGGGCAGUCAACAAUUCUGCAAUAUGGUAUCUUUCAGGAAUGAAUAAUUUAAAAGAGUUGGACUUGUCAAGGUGCUCUAAGAUUACUGAUGCUGGCAUUAAGCAUGUUUUGGCCAUUCAAAAUUUGGAGAAACUACAUGUGUCGGAGACUGGAUUAACUUCUAAUGGAGUUGUUCUCCUUUCUUCACUUCAAAAUCUGAAUCUACUGGAUUUAGGAGGAAUUUCCAUUACUGAUGAGGCACUUUGUUCAUUACAGGUUUUGACAAAUCUUGAGUAUCUGGAUCUAUGGGGUAGUAAAAUUUCGAACAGAGGAGUUCCUGUCCUUGAAAUGUUUCCCAAGUUGAGCUUCUUAAAUAUAGCAUGGACAGAGGUCACCGAGUUGCCAUAUCUUCCUUCUAUAACAUGUUUGAAUAUGAGUAAUUGCACCAUUUGCUCUAUAUUUUAUGGAAAAGGCAGCACAAGUGCCCCUUUACUGAAGCUUUUUGGUCUUGGAGCCACUUUUGUUGAUGCUGACAAAGUAUUUUCCAUCAUAGAUACUAGCCAUGUAACGUACUUGGAUGUUUCUAGCUCUUCUAUUUGCAAUUUGCAUUUUUUGGUCAAAAUGGACAUGAUUGAGCACUUGGAUGUUAGCUUCUGUGGAAUAACUGAUGAUUCAGUUGAAUACAUUGCAAAAGCUGGGAAAGGUUUGAAAUUCUUGAAUGCCAGCAAUAGCAAGCUCACAUCCCAGGGAAUAUGUGUUUUGGCUGGAAAUGUCAUCAACUUGGAAACCCUGUAUCUGUCAAAUACAUCAGUUGAUGAUGUUGCACUUUCCUAUAUCGCAUUGAUGCCUUCUUUGAGGAUUGUUGAUUUAAGCCGAACAAAAAUAAAAGGUUUCGCUUAUGAAAAAAGUCAAGACAAUCUAGAGAAGACAUUCCCAUUAAGCUUGCUUCAGAAUCUCAGUCACCUGGAAAGUUUAAAUUUGGAAGAUACAUUAGUAGAAGAUGAAGCAUUACUUCCCUUGGUUUUCUUGAAACAAUUGAGAUGCCUAUAUCUGAAGAGUGAUUUACUCUCUGAUGUCUCCUUGCAUAUUUUGUCAUCAUUCUCUAGCUUGGAGUAUCUUGGAUUUCGCAAUGCUGUACUCAGCAAUUCUGGGCUUCUUCUUUUUGUGCCUCCAAAGGCACUUCAUACAUUAGAUUUGAGGGGGUGUUGGCUUUUGAUGGAGGAUGUGUUUUCAUCAUUCUGUAAACUACACCCUCAGAUUGAGCUAAGACAUGAACUUGUUGGAACGGUUCCAAUUGAUGAAAAUGUUUCUGCUGGUUCAACGUACCUAACAUCAGAAGUGAGAUCUGAAGGGUAUGAUGGGUGCUUUGUAGAUGAAAGAAUCAAGUACAGCAUGGAGGACUUGUUGGGGUUGCAGCUCUCAUCUUUAUCAACUCCAGCUUUGCAUGGUCUAAAUAUGCUACCAAAGGAACUGAAGAGAAGUAAGAUGAGCAAUCAUAUUUCCUUCCUAAUCAAAUACACACGGAGGAAUUAUUGGAGGUGCAUCUCUUACCUGGAUAACUCUACAGACUGCAUGAUCUAAAUAAGCUGCCAAAGGAGCUCGAAGAGGAACAGAGGCACUUGCUGGAUUUGGCACAAAGUUAGCAGGACCUGAGGUACGCCCUCUUUUCUCGUUUGGUGAACGGAGUUGGCUUACCACGUUUCUUCUGUUUUCAUGGACGGUGCAGAUCUGGCGGCAGCUCUUCCCAUUCGUCUUCCCUACAGACCUCAAGCUCAGUACAAAAAAUUUAUACACGGAGACAACAUAUCAACCAAAGAACCGCAUGAUCUCACCAGUAGUCACCACAGGAACAUUCCCCGUUACAAAUAUGAUGGAACCGACGCGAAGAUUCUUAAAUACCCGAAUAGGCUUUGGAGCUGAAGUGUUGAUGAGGCCGAAGGCAACUGCAAUCUUCUCGCUGUGCUGAAGCAGCAAACAGUUCAUCCAACUUGGCGUAGAUCUCCCAAGCCUGUGGGUGACUGGUAUCCCCUACAUGAAACUUGUGGAUGCUGUUCUCCAUCUCCACCCAGCUCAAUCCAGCUUCUUUGCUCAGCCUCCUCUCCUUCAUGCCACGCCUUAUCAUGGCCACAUCCUCCCAUCUGCCUGCCUCCGCAUACAAGUUCGAGAGCAAGACAUAGGCUGCUGGAUCCUCCGGAGCCAACUCCAAGAUGUUCUUGGCAACGAUUUCUCCCAGUCCGAUGUCUCCAUGAACUCUGCAAGCACCCAACAACGUCUUCCAGACCAAGGCAUCAGCUUCGGCCGGCAAUGACUUCACGAAGCCGAAAGCUUCUUCCACUCGGCCCGAUCGCCCCAGCAGGUCUACCAUGCAGGCAUAGUGUUCCAUCGUCGGAGCCACGCCGUGGUCCCUUUGCAUGGCGCGGAAGUGCUCCCACCCUUCUUCGAUCAGACCUGCAUGACUACAAGCAGACAGAAUAGCGACGUAGGUCACCGCGUUCGGCUUCGCCCCCGUGGCCACCAUGUCGUGGAACAAUCCCAGGGCUCGAGCUGCAUCCCCGUGUUUGGCGAAACCGGUGAUCAUGGCGGUCCACGAGAUCACGUUGCGGUCAUCCAUCUCGCCGAAAGCUCGGCAGGCGUCGUCGAUGCUGCCGCACCUCGAGUACAUGGAUACCAGCGAGUUACCCACGCCCACAUCUGACCCGAAUCCUGCCUUCAGCAUCUGGGCGUGCAAUUGCUGGCCUUUGCUCAUCAUCCCAACGCUCGCCGCCGCGCUCAGGAGACUCGCGAACGUGAAGGCACUCGCUCCCACAUCCAUGCUCUCUAUCUGAUAGAGUAGCUCCAGGGCUUCUUCAGAGUCUGAGUUCUUGGCAUAUCCAUCGACGAUUGCGUUGUAGGAGACCACAUUCUUCUCGUACAGUAAGCUGAAAGCUCUCCGGGCUUCUUCCAUCC